CUCCUACAUUAGGUCCCAGAGAUAGCUCUGCGCAGAUGCAUGAGGAACAUUUCAAAGCUACAUUAUCAUAAUCCUUACUCUUUGACAUAUAAUGACUAAGGUUUAUAAGUUUGUUUCAGUAAACCAAGAUGCGGUACUCUUCCAGCUAGUAACACUUUUAAAUGUGACUGUGUUUUCGCAAUUAUUUACGACAAUGCUAGAGAUCCUUUUAUCCCCUGGCUCUCUUAGCUGGGGGAGAGGGCUUCUGUGUAUUUUUUCGGCAUUCGUUGUUGGACUUAGUGGCGUCGUUCCGCUUCUAUUUCUCCCACUAGAUAGCAUUUGUUCUAAGAAAGAUGUCAUUUCUCUCAAUAGGUGGCUUAGUUAUGCUACUGGAAGUCUUCUUGGCGAAGUUUUUAUCCAUCUUCUGCCAGAAUCCUGGAUUAACAGUAAAUGUGACAUCGACGCAUUUCAGAUCCCUGGACUUUGGAUACUCGGGGGACUUUUGCUGUUUUUUAUUAUCGAAAAGUUAUGUAUUCAUGAUUCUACUGAAAAAGAGGUCGAAGGUUAUCUCAAUCUUGCUGCCAAUGUAAUUGAUAAUUUUACUCAUGGUGUGGCUAUUGCUGGAAGUUAUCUUGUAUCUCUUCGUUUAGGGAUUUUGACGACUACCUGCAUAUUAGUACAUGAAGUUCCUCAUGAAAUGGCUGAUUUUGUAAUUUUACUCCGAAGCGGGUUCAGUCGGUGGGAAGCUGCCAAAGCUCAAUUAGCUACAGCAUCUGGAUCCACUUUAGGCGCCAUCUUAACACUUUGUGCUAAUGCUUCAGUAACCGGUUGUACAACGAAAUGGAUACUUCCUUUUACUGCCGGUGGUUUUCUAUACAUUGCAUUGGUUUCUCUUCUACCUGAUAUUUUAAAAGAAUUAUCAUUUAAGGAAUCAAUUAUUCAUCUAAGUCUUAUGUUUUUUGGUUUAACUUCAAUGGCAGUUGUCUCAUAUGCAAUGGAUUGAAUUGAUAAAUAUAUGUGAUAAGAACCAAAAUAACAACCAUAUUACGUAAUGAUAUAUAUGUAAAAUUGUAAAGGAAAGACGCUCAUCGGUAGUUGAAAAAAAGAAUACUCAAAAGAUUAUCGAAUUUUUAUAUCCGGUUAUUAUAUAUCCCCUUUCUGAUUUCCAAUUUAUUUACCUUCUCUUAUUUAUCCAACCAAUAUAUAUAUAUAUAUAUAUAU